AUGGCGGCCCUCGUCGACGUAUCUCAGCCAUUCUCGCUGGGCAUGUUUGGCCUCGCGGUACUUUUAACAUGGACUCUAGUUCGCACAAUCUACUCAAUCUUGAAGGAUCCCCUUCGGGGUAUACCAGGCCCCUUGAUCUCCCGCUUCAGCAGCAUCAUCGAGAGAUGGUAUCUGAUUACGGGGGAUGAGAUGCUUUGGAUCCACAGUUUGCACUCGAAAUACGGGCCUGUCGUGCGUAUCAAUCCGACAACAGUCUCUCUGGCCGACCCUGACGACGUGAGAGUCAUUACGAGACCAAGUUAUCCCUUGAGAAAAGCGGAGGUUUACGAGAAAAUGCAGCCAGGCAUCAUUACAGAGAGAGAUCCAAAGCUACACGCACAGAAACGGCGCAGGUUUGGACAUCAGUUGAGCAACACGGAAACUGCUAAAUUCGAACCAUUCGUCCCGCAACUGUUUGAAGAUGUCCAGGCAGGGUUGGGAGAGGUAGUCUUUUCGUCCAACUUCCCAUUACUAUUUCGUAUCCGAAAUAUUUUCAGACCGACGAUGUUGUCUGCCGACAAUCCAGAUGGCAUGUUUGCGUUCGGGCGCAAUAGCCUGGUGCAAUACAAGAAAGAGUUAGAAACGCAUGGUGAAACGAAGCCUACAUUUUUCUCGAAAAUCAUGCUUGACCCGGAUCUCCAAGGCUUGAGUAUGGCACAAGUUGAACAAGAGGCAAAUGAGUUCAUGUUUGCUGGUAGUGAUACCACGUCAACGUCCUUGGUGUACUUGGUUUGGGAGGUUAUACGGAAUCCCGAGGUGAAGAAGCGGGUUCUCGAAGAUCUUUCUAAACUGCCUGAGGAUUGGACCGAUGCCGACCUACUGCAGCUGCCAUACUUCACGGGUGUCAUACACGAAACUCUGAGGCUAUGGGGCUCGGCUGCAGGCCCGCUGCGGCGAUGUGUGCCCACUAAGGCAAUUGAAUCGCAAGGAUACGUCAUCCCCCCUGGCACGGAACUGUCUCUUCAGUCGUACACACUUCAUCGUUCGCCGAAAGUAUUUUCUGAACCAGAACGGUUUCUGCCUGAGCGUUGGAUCAAUGCGACGAAGGAGAUGUGGGACACAAACUGGGCUUGGGGCUACGGUACUCGAGUCUGCCUCGGAAUACACUUGGCAACCCAGGAGAUGCGGCUAGCCGCUGCCGCCCUCUUCCGCAAGUUUCCCAAUAUUCGUCUGGAGGACGAAGCUUCCGCCGCACGAGAUAUGCGGGUCAAGAACUUCCUGGUGAACAGCCCCACAGGGAAGAAGCUGAUGGUGCUAACACAUUAA